ACUGUAAAACAUAGUCUCAACACUUAAUCUUAUGUGUUUCUGAAAUACUUGUUUGUUCUAAGGUUUACAGUAUCUCACACUCGAUUUUAAACAUCAGUUUAGUAGUUUCUAGCAGUGGGUUUUAAUGCUGGCUGUGUUGCAUGUUAUUGAUGGUUUAAUCAAGCCUUUAGGAAAACUGAGGAGAGACUAGAUCAAAUCUUUUUAAAGCCGUGGUGUAGAAUGAAAGUUAUUCUGAGCCAGAGCUCACCCCUCCCCUUUCUUUACCAGGGUCUGAUUUACAGGAAGGAGCAGGACUAAUGUGAAAGUGAAAGGAAGGAGUGAAACUAGACGAGGACAGGGUUAGACACAAACUCGACUUUUCCUUUCUCCCUUUUCCAUAAGAAGAAUCCACCUCAGCGCACCCAGGAAAGAGGAGAAGAUAAUUCUUCUUUUGAGGAGAAGAUCAUUCCAUUCUGCCCUGCCUUUUACUACCUCUCAGCACCAUGCCAGACACUAAGCUGUGUUUAGAGGCCUUAUCUGCUCUUGUUGGCUGUUGCGUCGAGUCGACAACUGGAUCAGUCCACCUCACGCCACAGGACUUUAUCAACAUCGUGGCCCUCAGGGAGUUUUUUAAGCAAGAGGGGCUGAAACAGUUAGAAUACCAGCCCGAAAACCCCGGUCUGGAAUCUUUAUCCCUGCAGGAACUGGACGACAAAGACAUGUACAACUCCCCGCCCGCACUGACCGGAGAAUCUGCCGUGAAUUCUAAAGUCACAGUUAAAAUCAAUUUGGAGGACUUUUUCCACCCGGAGUACAACUAUGACUUUACCAACAUAAAGGAUGGCGAAACGAAGUUCAUGCGUGGCAACGAGCGAUAUUACCGCCCCUGUGGGUGGAACCGGCUGGCCAUUCGGGUCAUUAAGAAGUAUGACGGCGGGGACGACUGGCUUGGGACGGGAAGCGAUGCCUGGCCCGUUUCCUACCACGGAUCCAACAUGGACGGCUCCUCCGGCGUCAUCCUCGGCCAUCAGGGGAACCCAGGUGAUGAGCCCCAAUUCCUGGAGGCCGGUGCUGCCUCUCUGAUCAACGAGAAUACAAGAGGCAGGGGGGUGUACUCCACACCGGACAUAAAGAUGGCAGAGAAGUACUGCAAGACUUUCCGAUCCAAGGUGGAUGGGAAGAGGUACAAAGUGCUUCUUCAGAACCGCAUAAACCCAGAGAAGAGGACGAAGUGUCAGAGAGACGACGUCUGGUUGGUCUACAUCCCCGACGGCACCAAUGACAUCCAGUCAAAGGUCAUCGUGCAGGACUCCAUCCGUCCGUACGGGCUGCUGCUGAAGCAGCUCUGAGCCAAAUUCCAGGGGUGAUUGCCAAACAUCUCCCAACAAAAACAUCCCCAGAAAUAUUUCUAACUUCUCUUUAAGAGAUCUGAGUUUGUGAGAUUAGGACCUUAGACUUAGACUUUGAUUUGCUUUCGGCCGACAUUCUGUUCCUUUAUCUGCAUUUAGCUGGACUUUGUGUGAUUUUGCCUGGCAAGCGCGGUGUCCUGUGUUAUGGAUGGAUGCAAUUAAGCCAGAUGUGAGAGUGGCAAGAGAAAGCUGAAGAGCUUUAAAUUACAUGAAGAAGUCUGACGCGCUGCCAUCUUGUGAUAUUCUCUGAUUUAUCAUCCAAAUCUUAAGAGAGAUCUUUCAUUAUGCAGAGAUGUAUAGUCCUUAUUAGACAUAUGGCUGAAUUAAUUACUAAGAAUUGAAACAUAUAUAUCAAACAGAUUUGAAAAGAAAGUUACAUGAAUUGAUUGUUUUUCAUUGCGUCUUUGGAGUAAAAAGGUUUCUUUGAGGUAUGAUGACAUUUUCCUGACAUUUUUUCGGAGCAUUUUUCUGUUCUUCUUUGUUUUGAAUGUGAUUUAACCAUUUUUCUUGUAUGUUCAAAGAUCUGUAACCACAGGGAAAUGCAAUAAAAUGGGCUCCAUAGAUCUUAGCAGUGUUAAAUUACUCUAGUGUUUGACUCUAUAACAUCUUAUUAUCUUUUAUUGUUCGUAAUUGUCCCAAAAAUUAAAUGGGGUCAUAUGUGACUCCAUAUGCUUAGAAGUAUUAUGUGUAAAAUCUCUUAUUCAAAAAGCAAAUUUUCUUUAAAGAUAUGUCACUCUUAAGUUGAACUCAUCACUGUGUUUUAAGUUGAGACCAGCAUUGCAAUUCCUGUACAUGCCAAAAGAUGGCAAUGAAAGAAUGUAGAAAGAGGAAACUCCAGGAAACUGGUGAAUAAAAAUGCUCCUUUUCUUAAAGGACCCUCACCACAGGUUCACAAUGCUCACUUACAGUAAAAAAUUGUGAACCUUAAUCUAAAAUAUAGCCAAAUGUAUCUAUGUAUAAAGUUUUCCUUUAGCUAAAAGUGGUGUUAUGAAGAAAAACUGUUUGAGCUUAUCCAAAUGAACAGAUAUAUUAGACGGAAGAAAACUAGUGUCAGGACAGAGACAAAAAAAGCCCCCUA